UACUUAUAAAGUGACGAAGAAUUGAAAUGUUUAAAAGGUGCUAUGCCCUUCUCUGUUCCAUCCACAAACUUCGAAUCACUCAUUUCAGGAAACCCCAUUGGAAUGGCAGUCUCCGUUCCCUUCGUCUUCUUCUUUUCAUUUUGGACCGUAGAUUCAUCAAAUGAAGACAAACAAAUUUCCAUCGCUGUUCUCUCUAUCUUCGUCUUGAUUUUUGCCCUAUUCUGGUUCCGACGCUCCGGCGAACCCAAACUCCGGCUUCCCCCUUCGCCUCCGAGCCCCCGUGGCCUGCCGCUGCUCGGAUACCUUCCAUUUUUAUCCCUCAAUCUCCACCGUACCUUCGCCGAUCUGGCUGGAAUCUACAGCCCAGUUUUCAAGCUCCGCCUCGGAACCAAGCUCUGCGUCGUCCUCACCUCCCCUUCCGCCGUCAAUGAGGCCCUCCACCGGCAAGAUACCGUAUUCGCCAACAGAGAUCCCACCGUUUGCGCUCUUCUCGCUUCCUACGGCGGCUCCGACAUUGUCAUCACCUCCGACGGCGCCGAUUGGAAGAAGCUGAGGAAAAUCUUCGCCCGGAAAAUGCUUAGCAAAUCGAAUCUCGAAGCGUCCUAUUGCGUGCGGAGGCGGGAGGUGAGGGAGGCGAUUAAAGGCGUUUUUGAAUCGGCCGGAACCCCAAUAGACGUCGGCGAAGUGGGUUUCUUGGCGACUCUGAAAUCGGUCAUGGCGAUGAUAUUUGGCGGCGCGGGGCGGCGGAUCGGCGGCGAUUUGGAAGGUGAUUUAAGGGAAAAAAUGGGUGAAUUGAUGGUGUUGUUAGGGACUCCAAAUGUGUCUGAUAUUUUUCCGGCGUUGGGUGGGUUUGAUUUGCAGGGGAUUGGGAGGAGGACGAAGGAGGUGAUGCUUAUGAUUGAUGAGAUUCUGGAUUUGGCCAUUGAAGAACAGAAGGUGGGGGAAAAUGGAGGAGGGUUUUUGCAGUGGCUGUUGGAGCUCAAUGACACUCAAGAUUGUUCGGACUCUAUUACUACUAACCAACUCAAAGCCUUGCUAGUGGACAUUGUCGUGGGUGGAACGGACACAACAUCGACUACAAUUGAGUGGGCGAUGGCGGAGCUAAUGCAACAUCGAAACAUAAUGGAAAAAGUAACCGAAGAAUUAACCCAAGUUGUGGGCUUAAACCAAAUGGUAGAAGAAUUUCACUUGUCCAAAUUGUGCUUUUUAAACGCAGUAAUUAAGGAGACACUUCGUUUACACCCACCGUUGCCUCUUUUGGUGCCUCGUAUCGCUGCCCAAACAAGCACCCUUGGAGGCUACUCCAUCCCAAAGGGUUCAGCCAUCUAUUUCAACAUCUGGGCCAUCCAAAGAGACCCUAAAGUUUGGGACAACCCCUUAAAAUUUAUGCCCCGAAGGUUCUUAAAUGAACCUGAAGGAUAUGAUUUCACAGGCAAUUGCAUGGAGUUCUGCCCAUUUGGGUCUGGGAGAAGGUCGUGUGUGGGGAUCCCUCUGGCCGAGAGGAUGCUGGUUUUCAUAUUGGCGUCGCUGUUGCAUUCUUUUGAGUGGGAAUUGCCCAAGGAUUCUUCGGUGCUUGAUUUGGAGGACAAGUUUGGGAUUGUCACCAAGAAGUUGAAGCCAUUGGUUGCUGUUCCUGUCCCAAGGCUGUCCAAUUUGGAGCUUUUUCAAUCUUAGAUGUGGUUUCGAUUUAGAUAGUUGACAUCUUCAAAGGUUGGAAAUAUGUUAGAUAUUUUUGAAAUUGUAAUUGUUCCAGCAAUGUCUUUAUCAAUAUUUA